AGGACUUGGCUCCGAAAGGGCUCGGCUCCGGGUCACGGAGAGAGCCGAGUGGCAUCGCCAGGAGCCGAACGAAGCCGGAGAAGUCCGAGCGCGACCUGAGGGGCGCCGGCGGGCCGGAAGCAGAGCCGUGCGCAGCAGAGCCCGCCUAAGAGGCUGAGCGCGCCGGGCGUUGGGCCGGGCCGGGGCCGAGCCCUCGCCAUGGCGGCUGAGGGGAUUGCCGCGGCGGGAGGCGGGACUGUCCGCGGCCGCCUGGCCAAGGACAGCGUGCGGCAACCUAAGUGCCCGGAAGCGGUCCCGAACCAGCGGCGGGGCUCCGCGCAGUCGCGAGACACCGAGCGCCGAGCCCACCAGUGGUGCCGGGAGUACCUGGGCGGGGCCUGGCGCCGGGUGCGGCCGGAGGAGAUGCGAGUUGACCCCGUGAGCGGGGGCCUCAGCAACUUGCUCUUCCGCUGCUCGCUGCCGGACCACCUGCCCAGCGUCGGCGAGGAGCCGCGGGAGGUGCUGCUGCGGCUGUACGGGGCCAUCCUGCAGGGCGUGGACUCUUUGGUUCUUGAAAGUGUGAUGUUCGCCAUCCUUGCGGAGCGGUCUCUGGGGCCCCAACUCUACGGAGUCUUUCCAGAGGGUCGGCUGGAACAGUACAUCCCAAGCCUGCCACUGAAAACGCGAGACCUUCGAGAGCCCAUGCUGUCAGCAGCCAUUGCCACGAAGAUGGCCCGGUUCCAUGGCAUGGAGAUGCCCUUCACGAAGGAGCCCCACUGGCUGUUUGGGACCAUGGAGCGGUACUUAAAGCAGAUCCUGGACCUGCCCCCCAGUGGCCUCCCCCAGAUGAACCUGCUGGAGAUGUAUAGCCUGAAGGAUGAGAUGGGCAACCUCAGGAAGUUGCUCGACUCCACCCCAUCACCAGUAGUGUUCUGCCACAACGACAUCCAGGAAGGGAACAUCUUGCUGCUCUCAGAGCCAGAAAACGCCGACAGCAUCAUGUUGAUCGACUUUGAGUACAGCAGCUACAACUACCGGGGCUUUGACAUUGGGAACCAUUUUUGUGAGUGGGUUUAUGAUUAUACUCACGAGGAGUGGCCUUUCUACAAAGCACAGCCUGCAGACUACCCCACGCAGGGGCAGCAGCUCCAUUUCAUUCGCCAUUAUCUGGCAGAGGCAAAGAAAGGUGAGAUCGUCUCCCCAGAGGAGCAGAGGAAACUGGAAGAAGACUUGCUAGUAGAAGUUAAUCGGUAUGCUCUGGCGUCCCACUUCUUUUGGGGUCUCUGGUCCAUCCUCCAGGCAUCCAUGUCCACCAUAGAAUUCGGUUACUUGGAGUACGCACAGUCCCGGUUCCAGUUGUACUUCCAGCAGAAGGGGCAGCUGACCAGCCUCCAACUCCCAUCCUGACUCCACCCCACAGCUCCUCUGACGUUCCCAGAGCCUCCCCUGCAGGACCUUGGGGGGAGGGGCAAAGAGCAGGAGGCCCUGGGGACCCCUGAGCCUCCAGUGAGCCCGGCGAGGAGGGUGAUCUGAUCUCUGCCCCCAGUCUGAGCAGGUCCCCAGGGGCGGGAACCCCUGGGCUGUGUAUCUUGAAACAAUAAACGAGCUUCUUACUUCA